AUUGUUUCGCACAUUAAUCGUUAACUCGAUGCACGUGUUACAUGUUCACGUCACGUACAGCAAGGAGGCCGAAAUGGAUCGUCGAAAUCUUCGAACGAUUCUCGAGGAAGCAAAUCGCCGGUGUUGGCCGGUAGUCAUGCUCGACCAGCGGCGAUGGCCACCGGCGAGUAUAUUGCGACUGCCGUAUUGAGUUGAAGGGAAGCAAUUUUCCGAACGAUCGUGCGUGAACGAGCAAUAGAAACGACCGUUUUGUUACGGCAAACCGUGAGUGACGCACAGACUUCCCAGCGAGAAAGGCUUCCGAGUUGUGACAUUCCCGUACAUAAGUUUGUGAAUAAAUAUUGUUUUCAACAAAUUUAAAAAAGAUUUGAAUCAUGUAUGUUGAAAAAAGUUUGUGGAUGUUAAGUGAUAAAUAAUUUUCAAAGCAAUGUACACGUACUGGAGAAGAAAGAACAUCUUAUCACGUGUGUGUGGACUUAAAUAUCUUUACUGCCAUUAUGUACAUAUCAUCGAUCAAUUCCUUUGUAGCCAGUUGGCUGUUUCUCUGUUUGAUCAAUCCGCAUUAUAGCAGAGCGGAAAGAUCAUACUGGGUUCCUUACUACAUCAACGAUCCUGUGCAUCGUGAAUCUCGGCCGAUACAGUCAGUUGAAAAACAGUUCCAGUCUAACGUCCCAGAAUCUUCGCAACACAACAUUUAUUAUCGUAACUAUUAUAAUUCCGUGCAACCUAAAGUAUUUCCGAAAGACAUGUAUUCUGAAGUUAAUGUAAAGCAAAACGCGGCAAAAUCCACGUCGGAAUCUGAAGUAGGGAAGCAAUACAAACCGUAUAAUUAUCCCGAAUAUCGAUACGCUGGAAAUCGGGAAACUCUUAAAAAAGAAAGCGCGACGUAUUUCUCGCAAAUGCAACGUUACGAAGAGGCGCGAAGAAAGGAUGAAGAGAUAAUAAAGAAGAUGAAUUUGUUAGACAAACUGUUGUCCGAAAAUAGUGACGAAAAUGACAUCGAGUCGAAAAAUAUAGUCGAAGACCUGAUUGUCGCGGAAACGAGCAUUCCUGAAGAGACGAAGAGAGUCGUUCGACAAGUUCGCAAGAAACGACCAGGAUUUUUCUAUACUUUGGCGAGAGUCGCUUUUGAGACGUUCAACGAUACACGGUCGGCGAUCAAACAAAUCAGUGAUAUCAUUAGCCAAAAUUUCGAACCGGAUAUGCCUACACAACGGCCAGUCAGCACCAAUCCAUUGACGAUCGUUAAUACGACAACAGCCGCGCCGCAAGAUGAUCAGAAUAAUGUGUCCAGCAACUUGGCGGAUACCAACGUAACGACGACUAUGAGGACGACAACGACGACCACGCCACCGCCUUUCAAAUUCACGCCAACUGGAUUUCAAAAUUUACUUAGAAGAAAUUUUCGCGGGUUAAUCAGACUCUUCAAUAUCGAAUGGCAGGAAGCUCUGAAUCAAUCAGAGAUAUCUAUCAGAGAGUUUCAAAGGGAUCUCGGAAAGCAAAUAGGUGGUUUUCUACGGGACAAUCCGAACACUGUUUAGAAGCAGCAAAGGCAACAUCACAAAGAACAGUUAAACGAAUUAUGUAGUAGAUAUUAAAGUUCCGAAUUGUACAUAAGAUUUACACACCAUUCCAUAAAAAAUAAGGAACACUUUUCAGACACUUCGAAUAAAUUUUAAACCACUGAAA